UUGGCCAAGGCGAAGCCAAAAUUAGUGCACCCACAGUCCAGUGCCAGAGCGGAUCUUCUCUUGACUUCGAUCAUCCGAAAUGCAGUUCAUCUAUUUGACGCUGGCAUUGGGGCUGAUCUUCACCACUGCCCUUCAGGCGGCCAUUAUACCACUGACCCUGAUCAAAAACGGAAUUGAAGCGAAUUCCCAAGCACUUCCCACGGAUACGGAGAAGUUCGGUUACCUGGAAUUCAAACCCAAUGGAUCACUAAUACUCAGAAGGGCGCCCAAUCAGAGUGGCAGUAACCUACAGGACCUGGUAAUGCUGAGAGGAGUUCUUCAGGCUCUGAAAGCGAGUCCCUCGAAAAUGUCGGACAUCGGUGGCGAAACGCGAUUGAGCCUAAGGAUUUAUGGAGAUGGAGUGGAACACAAGUUUCCGCCCAUACUGGAGAAUAUCAUUCAACGCAUUCAAACGUAUUUUUCGGUUUAUCGCUUUACGGAUACAAGCAAACCCGGUGGAUUGCAGCGAAUUGAACUUACUACACAGCCGCCGGAUGAUUCUCCGGAUGUAACCACUGCAAAAGCCGAGAACGAUGAUGAACUGAUAGCAGUCGGUGAGCAGGACGCGUACAUUACAGUGGGGGAUGAUACAGACUAGAAUUCACGCUAUUUAAUACAUAUUUAUUCAACUAGCUAUGUAAGACGAUAAAAGUGCUGUAAUUUAAAUAUUUUUUAAAAAUAUAUCACCCUCAUUCGCAAAUAUC